AUGGAGGAGGAAAUUCAUGUGCGAGUGGAAGACAAUUCGCCCUCGAUAGAGCACAGUUUACGUCCGAUAUCGUACACUUCCUGGCUCCUUGGUGUCGGCGUUGCACGUCCGCGAAAUUGUCCCAAGGCGGUCACAAUAACGCUACGUAUCGUUCACCUGGCCGUGUGUUCCGUUAUCGUAGCGUACGGCGCAAUAGAUUUCUUCACCUUCGGUAGUGUCUUCAAAAGUGACAUAUUCAAGAUUAUGUACUACAUGAACAAGGUGAUGUGCUACGUAUCGGCGUAUUACUACGUUUAUCAUGGGAUCAGGCAGUACGACAAGUGGCCGGAGUUGAUGGACAGAAUAAAGGAGAUAGACCAGAAGAUCAGGAGGGAAAUCCCCAUGAAUGACCGGCCCAUAAAAAGUGUAGAAGCGUUAGCUAUUCUCACGACAUUCUCUUGCGGCCCUUUGUCCCUGAUCGUGCACGCCCUGUAUUACUACUUUAUACGUCCCGAAGACAUUUUUGCGUCCGACUUGCUGCUUUACUACACAAUAGCCCAGUCAUUGAUCAACAGUUUUGUCUUCGAUGUGAUCGUCUAUAUUUUGUAUCACCGAUUUCAGACGAUAAAUGAACUGAUCGACCAGUUGGACCAGAUAUUUGGGGCGCCGUGGAUCGCGCUCAAGAUUAGACGCAUCAGAGAAUUGCAUACCGAUAUUUGUGAUCUGGUCAUCAUGGUGAACGAUAUCCAUGGCUUUCACCUCCUACUCUGCUCGGCAAACUGCUUCACUAUGGUCGUGGCUACUCUAUUUAGGAUCUAUAUGGGCGUCGUGGAAAAGAAUUAUGCGUUUAUGGUGAUAAAUAAUAUUCUUUGGAUUCUGUACGCCGCUCAGUUCGGGCUGAUGUGCUGGAUUUGCACGCUCGCGCGUAAAGAAUCCGACAGGAUUGGGUUAAGUAUAUACGCGAUUGUACUGAAUUACAAGCCUGCGAAUAGCCUUGAUAAAUUGAACGAUGCAAGGAAUCACUCAAGUCUAGAAGUGCCACCGCCAUCGGAAGGACCGGACGGCGAACAAAAUUCUAAUCGGAGCAGCAGUUACAAUCUGAACUACGUUGUCAUGGAAAAUAUCUUGCGUAAAAAUCUGGACCGAGACUGUGUCAGAAACGAAGUCAAUGAUUUUUCGAUUCAGCUGCAACAGCAUCGAAUAGCGUUUACAGCCUGUGAUUUCUUCGAGAUGAACAACGCUCUACUCAGUAAUUUUGUCGGAGUGAUUACCACUUAUCUAAUAAUCCUCGUUCAGUUUUAUCGACCUGAAAAUUCAGACGCGCAAUUCAAUGGAAAAUGCUAA